AUGUCUGGCGAUCAAUGUAUUCAGGUUAAGUGUCCUGAGGGCUCAGUAUGGACUGGCAACAAGUGUUCCCUGCCGGAACCCAUUAGGCACACUAUUAACAUAAACAACACGAUUACAACCAAAUCUGACCACUCACAACCGAAUAUAAAUCUCAGUCAUGUCAACAACUUCAAUAUUAAUGCUCCGGUGACAAUCAAUGAAACUAUGUUAAGUGAGUCUGUGGAUUACAGAGAUGAGACAAUUGCUGAUACGACUACAACAGCGUCACCUCCACGCUGUUGCACUGUUGUGACUCCACGAACAUGUGAACAUCGCAAUGACCGUUGGUACUGCUAUCAUACCGGUAAAAGCCAAAGAUGUGGAGACUUUUGCACCGCGAGCAUAAUCUAUUUGAAACCUCCCCGAGUGUAUUCCAGACCGAAUGUUGCAGUUAUACCACCCCUACAACCGAGCUGCGGCAGUCCCCUUGGCCUAUGUGGUCCCACAACAGGUGGAUUCGAUUGCUCACGGUGUGGACUUGGGAUUGGACAAGGAUGUUCCAGUUAUUGUUACCGUUACAAUUGCCCCACAAAUAGAUGUGGUUUUUACGAUCAACAGACAUAUUGCCUAAAUUAUCCUGGUUCAUUUGGUUGCAUGCCAGCCGACGGUUGCCUUGAUGAUUGGUGCUCCUAA